AUGUCUGGAACAGAACCUACCAGCGACAGAGAGGAGGACGACUACAGGUUCCUCCACAGCAUGUUGAUGGAGAAGAAGCUCCACCUGCUUUUUAAGAUCCACGAGCAGUUGAGGCGAUUUGAGAAGCGGAGCCCGGUCCACGUCCAGGAACACGCAGCAAGUUUGGCCUCAGAUUUGGCUGAGGAGCUGUUAUUCCAAGGCACGAGUGAUGAAGCUAGAGAACUGUCUGCCCUCAUUUCCAAACCCAAUUUUAAGAGUCUGCUGCAUGUCCAUGAUGCUGUGGCUCAGAGGGACUUUGAGCCCACACUACCACCCAUACCUGACAAUGCUGUGGAAAAAGAAGAAGAUUCUGUCAAAAUCAUCAGCUUGGUCAAAACCAAAGAACCCCUGGGAGCAACGAUUAAGAUGGACAAAUCCACGGGAGCCAUUGUUGUGGCCAGGAUCAUGAGAGGAGGUUCAGCUGAUAAAAGUGGCCUCAUCCAUGAAGGAGACGAGCUGAAGGAAGUGAACGGAGUUUCACUGAAACAUAGAAAACCAAAGGAAAUCCUGCCACUCCUGGCUUGCUCUCAGGGGGAAGUUAAACUCAAAGUAAUUCCUGGAUCCUCCAAAGAAGACAUGCCAUUAAACAUAACGAAGCUGUUUGUGCGAGCUCUGUUUGACUAUGAUCCCGUGGACGAUCCCACCGUCCCGUGUAAGGACGCCGCCGUGGCCUUUAGACGGGGCGACGUCCUCCACGUUGUCAGCACUGAGGACGACACCUGGUGGCAGGCCUGCCACCUCGGAGACGCCAGCCCUCGGGCAGGUCUCGUUCCCUCAAAGCAGCUGCAGGAAAGAAGAGUUUCAUUGCAGCGACCCAAAGCCCUUUUCAAGCCGCGACUUUUCAAACCUUCAGAGUCUCCAGUCACAGAGGAUGUAGAUUAUGGAGCCAUCUCUGGGAUCCACAUUGCAGGUUUAAGAAGGAGUUUCCGACUUGGCAGAAAAGGUAGCGUGGCUACGAAAGAUGUUCGAUUUCGGCGAUGGAGUGCUGAGGCACUCAGUAUGAUCAAUAUCCCUACUUACACUGAGGUGAUACCAUAUCAGAAAGAGUCCAAGGACAGACACCGCCUCGUUGUUCUGAAAAUAAAGUAUGUGUACUCCUUUGAUUUCAAACCAUACGUGGUGUUUGUGAAACCCCCACGGAUCGAGGAGCUGCGCCUCACCAGGAGACGAGCUAAAUUUUUAUGUGGCAAAGAAAACGCUAACCAAGUUCGGAUCUUUUCAACAGAGUGCUGA